AUGGUGACAAAGUUCUACCAACAUGUCCUGGCCUUGGCAUUUGCCAUUAAGGAGAUCAAUGAGAACCUCAAGAUCUUGCCCAAUCUCACUCUGGGGUUCCGCAUCUAUGACAGCUACAAUGAUGCAUCAAUGACCUAUCUUAACACUCUGGACCUGCUCUUCAAAUCCCAAAGAUUUUCCACCAACUAUAAAUGUGAUGCCCAGGACAAGCACAUAGCCAUCAUUGGUGGUCUUUCCUCUGAUGUCUCCUUUUGCAUGGCAGAAAUCUUACAUCUCUAUAAGACUCCCCAGCUUAGUUAUGGCUCUCUUGCCCCUGAAGAUGAUACAUUACAGCAUCCUUCCUUUUAUCGUAUGGCCCUAAAUGAUGUCCAUCAGUUUAUGGGGAUUAUCCUGUUGCUUCAAUAUUUUGGAUGGUCCUGGGUUGGGCUCUUUGCUGUGGAUGAUGACAGCGGGGAACAUUUCCUGCAGACCCUGGAGCCAUUGCUUUCCCAGAAUGCAAUCUGUUCAGCCUUCACAGAAAGAAUCCCCAGACAAGUUAAUUGGCCAACCAUGAAUGGAAUGAAGAGUCAUAUGUUUCUACGCUUUACAGACAGAAAAGCUCAUAUAUUUACCACCUAUGCAGAAACACUGACUUUUAUGUGGCUGUGUUACUUAAUGAAGCUCAAAGUUCCUGGCUAUGAAGGAAAUAAUUUCAUUGGAAAGGUGUGGAUUCUAACACCUCACAUUGAUUUUGUAUUCACCAAGUUCCAAAGUGUCUUGGAUUUCCAUCCAUUCGAAGAUGCCUUUUCCUUCCAAAUUUGCUCAAAUGACGUUUUAGGCUUCCAGGCUUAUCUUCAGAAUGUAAACCCUAAUCAGUCUCAAGGAGAUGGUUUCCUUGAGCCCUUCUGGGAGCAAGCCUUUGACUGUUCAUUGCCAGAUCCCAGGAUUCUGAUGAAGGUUGAAGGAGCAUGUACCAGGAAUGAGAGGCUAGAGAACCUCCCUGGACCCGUUUUUGAAAUGAGCAUGACUGGUCACAGCUACUGUAUCUAUAAUGCUGCCUACGCUGUGGCACAUGCUUUGCAUGCCAUGGACUCCUCUAGAUCCAAAUCCCGAGCAAUGGUGGGGUGUAGAUGGUGUGACAUUCAAGCUCUCCACCCCUGGCAGCUCCACCCAUUUCUUCAAGGUGUUUCAUUUAACAACUCUGCCGGAGAAAGAGUGUCUUUUAAGGAAAAGUGGGAACUGGGAACUGGAUUUGAUAUCAUGAACCUCCACACGCUGCCAAACAAUUCCUUCCUUAGUGUGAAAGUUGGGAAGCUAGUUCCCAGUAAAGGAAAAACUUUGGUCAUGGAUGAGGACCAGAUUGUGUGGCACAGGAGUUUUAACCAGACACGGCCCCUUUCUGUCUGUAGUGACUCCUGCCGGGCUGGAUAUCAGAAGAUCAAGAGGGAUGGGGAGAAAUUUUGCUGCUACGAUUGUGUUCCAUGCCCUGAAGGGAUGGUUUCAGACCAGAAGGACACAGAUGAUUGUUUCCAAUGUCCAGAAGAUCAGUAUCCAAGCAGGGGGAAAAAUCAGUGCAUCCCCAAAGUUAUAACCUUUCUCUCUUACAAAGAACCUCUAGGGAUCACUUUAGCUUCCACUGCUGUUUCUUUUUCCCUGGUCACAGUUUUGGUGCUAGGAAUUUUUAUUAAGCACAAAGAUACCCCUCUUGUCAAAGCUAACCACCGCAAUUUCUCCUAUAUUAUCCUUGUCACACUCCUGCUUUGCUUUCUCUUGACUUUGCUCUAUGUUGGACAGCCUACAAAGAUGACCUGCUAUCUCCAAGAGUUUGUUUUUGGCAUACUCUUUACUGUAGCAUUUUCUUGUAUCUUGGCAAAAAAUAUCACUGUGGUGGUAGCUUUCUUGGCAACCAUGCCAGGGUCCAGCACGACAAAGUGGAUGGGUCAAAGAUUGAUCACCUCCAUUGUCCUUUCUUGUUCCAUUAUUCGAGCAGCCAUGAAUGCUGUUUGGCUAGGAGUAUUUCCCCCCUUCGUAGAAUUUGACAUGCAGUCAGUGCCUGGAGAGAUUGUGGCAAAAUGUAACAAAGGUUCUGUCAUUAUAUUUCACCUUGGCCUGGCCUACAGUGGACUUCUGUCUCUCAUCAGCUGCAGAGUGGCUUUCCUGGCCAGGAAGUUACCAACCCCUUUUAAUCAAGCCAAGUUCAUCAGCUUCAGUUUGUUGGUGUUUCCUAUUGUUUGGCUGUGUUAUUUCCCAACCUAUCUGAUGGCCAGUGCGAAGUACAAGGUGGCUGUGGACAGCUUCUCCGUCAUAGUCUCCAGUGCUGUGUUACUGGGCUGCAUCUUUGCACCCAAAUGCUACAUAGUUGUGCUGAGGCCUGAACUGAACAACAAGGAGAGACUUAAAAUGAGAAAAAGACUUCAAUAA